ACUGCUGAAAACGAAAGUGUAGGGCUCUACGAUCAGGUUUCAUUAUUUUCCAGUUGUCUGGCUGCGUCUGGAGUGGCAGGAAAUGGACCCAUCCAAGGAGGUAGCUGCCUCUGAGAAGGAAAGGACACCAGCAGGGGAGGAGAGUGAAGAGCUGUCCAGCAAACUCCCCAGCACCUCUUCUGGAAUGUUGACCCUGUCUGUGGAGGACCAUGAUCUGGAGACUAAAAUCUCUAUGCUGGAGAAGAAGCCGGGGUUUAUGAAGAGAUCCUUCAUGUUGAAUGUUCCAGCUCUGCUGCUGACCGGUCUGGAGGAGCUCACUGAAGAACAGCUGAAGACAUUUCAGUCUAAUCUGACUACGGUCCAGCCGCUUGGCUUUCCUCCCAUCCCAGAGAGCCAGCUGAAGAACACUGACAGACAGAACACAGUGGAUCAGAUGGUGAAGAGAUACGGUCCUGAGGGAGCUGUGGAGAUCACAUUGAGGAUCCUGAGGUGGAUGGAUCUGGAUGAUCAGACAGAGAAGUUAGAGAGAGAUCACACUAGAGGUGACCCCAUGAUGAUUAAACAACAAUCCAACAUUCAUUACAUCCCAUCAUACAGUCACCAAUACAGUACUGCCUCACCCUCUCACUUGUCCUUAUUCCAACUCAGGCCCAAAUCCUUCUGUUACCCUUCAUGGCCUCCUUUCACUGCAGCUCCUCCUCCUUCCUUCCCUGGUUCGUCUGAGGAGUUGGGGUCGUUAUCUUCAGCUGGUAGUUCAGGACAGCUCAGCUCACAGAGAUCCUCCAUGUUGGAUGUUCCAGCUCUGCUGCUGACCACCCUGAAGGAGCUCACUGAAGAACAGCUGAAGAUAUUUCAGUCUAACCUGACUACGGUCCAGCUGCCUGACUGUCCUCCCAUCCCAGAGAGCCAUCUGGAGGACACUGACGGACAGGUCACAGUGGAUCAGAUGAUGAAGAGAUACGACCCUGAGAGAGCUGUGAAGAUCACACUUGUGAACCUGAAGCGGAUGAAUCGAGUAGACCUAGCAGAGAAGUUAGAGCAAUAUCACACCAGAGAUUCCAGCCCUGUCUUCUUCCAAGCCCUCUGUCCACCCAGUGUUGUCAUGGAGAAGCCUUCCAGGCUCCUUCCCUCCUCAGUACAGCACAGCUUACAGAGACCCCAGAUAUGGACUUUUCCAGCUCUGCUGCUGACCACUCUGGAGGAACUCACUGAAGAACAGCUGAAAACUUUUCAGUCUCACCUGACUAGUGUCCAGCCGCUUGGCUUUCCUCCCAUCCCAGAGAGCCAUCUGGAGAACACUGACAGACAGAACACAGUGGAUCAGAUGGUGAAGAGAUACGACCCUGAGGGAGCUGUGGGGAUCACACUGAGGAUCCUGAGGGGGAUGAAUCGAGUAGACCUAGCAGAGAAGUUACAGAGAGAUCACACUAGAGCUGUAUCUACAACAGAAACAAAAUGGUGGAGCAACUCAUCAGACACUGGCAAUGAUGAAGAGAGAGAUAAGAAACAUGUCCACCUGGCUGGACGUUCGAGAGCCUUGGACAGAGAGGCAGCAGGCAGCAAAGAAACUGGAAUCACAAAGGACAAAUAUGAACUGGUCACGAAACCUGCAGAGAAGAAAAGAGAAGCUCUGCUGCUGGCCACUCUGGAGGAGCUGAGCACAGACGAGCUGAAGAUAUUUCAGCAGGAACUGACUCCAAGCAAACAGCUUCCACCUUACCUGACUGGCUUUCCUCCCAUCCCCAAACCUCAGCUGGAGAACAAUGACAGACAGGUCACAGUGGAUCAGAUGCUGAAGAGGUACGGCCCGGAGGGAGUUGUGGAGAUCACACUGAGGAUCCUGAGGAGGAUGAACCGGGAAGACCUGGCAGAGAAGUUCCAGAGAUUUCACAGUAGAGGAAAGAAAAGGAGAACAAGUGAGGAACCAUCCUGGCCUGGUCUAGUUUCCAGGGGCGAAAUGAUUGAGGAGCAUUGUGUCCCAUUCCUUGGCAGAACCCCGUUCUUCAUUCAACAUAAGAAAACCCCAAAGGUAGAGAUGGACAAUUCAACCAUCCCAGGGAGCCAACUGGAGAUGGACUGUCCUCCCAUCCUAGAGAGAGAACUGAAGAUGGCUAACAGUCUCAACACAGAGGUAUCUGUAAACACACAGGAGAACACCCAGAGGAUUGAUGAUGAGGAGUUGGGAAGAGAAAGGGAUUCUCCUCUCUUCCUGGAUCACCAUCACAUGAGUUCUCCAGAUGAAUUUACACCUGAAAUCCAUGAUCAGGACAACAGGGGAGAAUACCGGUUCCAGUGCCCAAGUGCAGGUCUGUUCCAGUGCAGUAUAACAGGCCUGGUGUUUAGGAUGGAAGGAGAAGGAGAGGUGCUCUAUAGGACAGUCCACUGGGACAUGAGGCUUCUAUCCCAGAGUGGCAAGAGACCUGCAGGUCCCCUGUUCAUGUUUACAUGCCUUAAGGGGUCUGUCAAUCAACUACACCUCCCACACUGUGAGAUCUGCAAUAGUGGUGGAUGUGACUUCCUGUCUGUAGCCCAUGUGACUGAUGAUGACAUCAUUGAGUUUCUCCCUCCUCUUGAGACAACAGAAACACAUGUCAUAAUAAACAUCAGUGGAUUCUCUGCUUAUGGUGAAGUCAAGGAUGAAGACUCUCCCACCGUUCCUAUAAGAGCACUUGUCUUGUUGUUCUACAAGCCCCCAGUUGUUCCUAAAAAGAGGUCCAUCCUGAAUGUGUUGUUGCUUCCCAGAAAUGUUGUGAUCAGGGAGGUGCAGGAGGAGUGGAAAAGAAGGAAUGGAGACCAAUACAUCUACGUUGAAACAAAUCCUCGCUGCCAACUCACUCCCAAUAAAGAAUACGAGCUCUCCACAGAUCAUACAGAUGGAUAUCUAAUUCAACCAAAGGAUGCAGAAUUUAUGGAUUUUGAAUCUUAUGAAAACUACUUCCCAACAUUUCAGUUGUUCAUACAAACUGUUGUUGAGCAAGUUAAUCUUCUUCUGAAAGACAAUGGUGGUGAAGAAUCUGUCUGGGAAAGACUUGUCUGGCUUCCAGGUAACACAAAGUGA